CUAACUGGGACCAGCGGUGAUUAUGAAAGCAGAUCCGAAUUUCGGGGCUAAAUUGACCCGAAUGUCAUUUGAGGCUGAGGCCGAGUCAAUCGGAUUUACUCACGUAUUAAACCGAGGGCAGGCAGAAACUAUUCCGUUUAAGGAAGAAGAUCAGAACGCGAGAGAACAAUAUCCAGCUCCAGCCGCCUCCUAAUACAAAUCCAUAGAAGAGAAAGUUUAGAAGAUGGCCGAAGGUGAGGAUAUUCAGCCCCUGGUGUGUGACAAUGGUACAGGAAUGGUCAAGGCCGGAUUUGCUGGAGAUGAUGCCCCAAGGGCGGUCUUUCCAAGUAUUGUGGGACGCCCCCGACAUACGGGGGUGAUGGUUGGGAUGGGCCAGAAAGAUGCUUAUGUUGGUGACGAGGCCCAAUCCAAGAGAGGUAUAUUGACUCUGAAGUACCCAAUUGAACACGGGAUUGUUAACAACUGGGAUGACAUGGAGAAAAUAUGGCAUCACACAUUCUAUAACGAGCUUCGUGUGGCGCCCGAAGAGCACCCGGUACUCCUUACAGAAGCACCUCUUAACCCCAAGGCUAAUCGUGAGAAGAUGACUCAGAUCAUGUUUGAGACCUUCAAUGCCCCUGCCAUGUAUGUCGCCAUUCAGGCUGUCCUUUCUCUUUAUGCCAGUGGACGUACAACUGGAAUUGUCUUGGACUCUGGAGACGGUGUGAGCCACACAGUACCUAUAUACGAAGGGUACGCCCUUCCGCACGCAAUUCUUCGUUUGGAUUUGGCAGGACGUGACCUAACAGACCACCUCAUGAAGAUCCUGACUGAGAGGGGCUACACUUUCACCACUACUGCAGAACGCGAAAUUGUCAGAGACGUGAAGGAGAAGCUGGCCUACAUUGCUCUUGACUACGAACAAGAGCUGGAAACAUCAAAGACCAGCUCUUCCGUGGAGAAGAGCUACGAGCUGCCUGACGGGCAGGUGAUCACUAUUGGCUCCGAGAGAUUCCGCUGUCCUGAGGUUCUUUUCCAGCCGUCGAUGAUUGGGAUGGAAUCUUCCGGGAUUCAUGAGACCACAUACAAUUCUAUCAUGAAGUGUGACGUUGAUAUCAGGAAGGAUCUUUAUGGAAACAUUGUGCUAAGUGGCGGGACCACCAUGUUUCCGGGCAUUGCUGACCGUAUGAGCAAGGAGAUCACUGCGUUGGCCCCAAGUAGCAUGAAGAUUAAGGUUGUGGCUCCACCAGAGAGGAAAUACAGUGUCUGGAUUGGUGGUUCUAUUUUGGCUUCCCUUAGCACAUUCCAACAGAUGUGGAUAGCGAAGGCAGAGUAUGAUGAGUCAGGGCCUUCCAUUGUGCACAGAAAAUGCUUCUAAAAUGUUCUGAGAGAUGUAUACAACAAGAAGCCGUGUUAUGAAAAUCAGCUGCACUAUGUUGCUUCUCAUUUGUUAUUUUUUUAUUAAUUAUUAUUUCCCAUAAUGUUCAUUAUAUUCAGUUGUUAUUUUUAUAUUCAAGAGAUUAGGCCAGUGGGGUCAUACACAGUCAGGAUGGUCUUGUCUUUCAAAUAAAAUGAAACGAAGUAACGGAUUACUUAGCAUGGAUUCGUCUGUUUCAUGUUUCUUCUUUAGUUUGGGUGUCUUGUAAGUUUAUUUCCUCACAGAGAAUAAUGAACACAUUGAUGCGAUUAUAUUUGUGAUCAACUUUCAUCAC